AUGGCCAGCACCGCGCGACAGGUUGAUUCCGGAUCAAGUGAUUUUUGUCUCACAAGUCACAAGCAUUUGCAAAUGUCAGCAUUCGGAAGGCCCUAUGAUAGGGCUGCUCUGUCAGAUAUUACCAAUCGAAGUGGCCAGCAUCAGCAUGUGAACUACAGUUACUCACCGCGUCCACAAGUUGGAAGUUACAAACGUGGUGAUGAUGGCUGCCGAAUGCACACUGCAGAUUCUGAAGCACAGCUUGCAGCUAAUGUAAUGGGGAACCAACACAGGCCUCACAUAAAGCGUUUGGAAAUGCAAGGGAGUGCAGAGCCAUCUGAACUGAAUUGCAGAUACAAUGCUCGUACUGCAAAGAACAUAGUCGAUUCGAGAGGUGCCCAUUCCUGGCUUGUUGCAAACCCAGAAGUAUACAAGAUGAUGCGGACGUCACUGGAGCUGCUGAUGUCCCGAAGCAGAAAAGUCCACCCACCAAAUUUGCCUGAUUCCACUUAUGCUGGGGAACUGAAUAAGGUUACAAAUUCACAAGUUCAUGGUAUUGCGCAGCCAUCUGACGUACACAAGAUGGUUCAGACGCCAUUGGAGUUGGAGAUGCUGAUGUCCCAGAGCAGAAAUGUUUGCCCAGCAAAUUUGCCUGGUUCCACUUAUGGUGGGGAAUCAGCAAGUGUUGCAAGUCCACAAGUUGAUGGUACUGCGUACUUGUACAGGGGAAUCGAUGAUGAUCUUCCACCACCAAACUUGAACAGUUCAGAUAUGAGGGGCACUGAGGGUAAUGGAAGAGCAAUUACUCCUACUAGUUCAUAUGAUACGGCACAGACAGCUAUGGAAGCACAAAUUCAUCAGCUUGAGCAAGAAGCAUAUUGUUCGGUUCUUCGUGCAUUUAAAGCACAAUCUGAUACCAUUACAUGGGAGAAAGAAGGUCUCAUAACAGAACUUAGGGAGGAGCUAAGGGUGGCUGCACCAACACACCCAUCAUCUUCAACAGCUACGAAGGAAGUUCCACUGGGACCUAAAGGCAAAAGGCUAAAAACGGGCCAGAAGGUACCUGGGGGCUCUGCAGUGAAGUCCAUGCCAUCUCCAGAAGGUCUUAGUGCAAGAAGACCACAUUUGAAUAGAUAUUUUCCUGGUUGUCCUGCUGCUGAACUUUCUCAAGCACAGAAUGUCAGCCCAUUAAUUGGUCGUAAAGCCAUGAAUCGUUGGCCUGAUGAUAAUAAUUUCUAUGAAGUAGUUAUAUCUGAUUACAAUCAAGAAACGGGCCUUUACGCGCUGGUACAUGACAUGAAUACAUCAAAUGAGACCUGGGAGUGGGUUGAUCUUAAGAAGAUGGGACAGGAAGAUAUAAGAUGGCAAGAGGAUGGGUCUGGGAUAGACCCUGUGAUGUAUUUACAAAGUCAAGAUGCUCGAACUAGUGCUGCUGGGAAGUCCACUAGCCAUGGUGGGCCGAAGCCUGUUCCUGGACGAGGAAUAAGUUUCCAGAAGAAUGUAUCCAAUAAGGAUUUUCUACCUCCACAAAAUGUUGAUGAGACAAGAAGUUACAACAAUAUCAAUAUAUUUCAUACUGAGAGCCUGAUAAAAGUGGUGAAGAAAAUUUUUAGCGUCAGCAAUCCUGAUCCCUUGGAAGUAGAGAGGGCAAAGAAAGCAUUGGAAAUGGGUCCGCGGCCGCCAAAGAAGCGUGCGCGCGUGAGAUUCCUGCCUGUUCCGGGUUCGGUGGGCCCCUUCUUUAAGACUGAAGUCAAGGGGACGUCUCUCCCCUUGAUCAAGUCAGGAAAUUUUUAG